AUGGCCUCCCUGCAUUCUCCGAACGGGCCGGCCCUGGGCCCUGCAGCCGGGGGUCCAGCCUGCUCACCCGUGCUGCACAGCGCAAAGCCGGCAGGCUGUCUUUCCACCUCUCCUCCCGCGCAUCGGUACAGUCAGGGUCUGAGACUGCUGGACGAUCCUGAUACUGGCAUGGUAGCGGGGCUCCCAGCGCUCUCUACCUACAGCUCGACCCCAAAGCUGAAGGGGCAGCAAACCUGGCUCGAGGUGGCACAACGCAGACUGAGGACGACCGCAGCAGAGAGAGUCCCUUCACCACCAUGGCUCUCCCUCUCCAACCACUUCUUGGCCCUGAGGGAUGAGGCUCCCGCUGACCCAGUCGGUGCUCCGGCUCCACCUCUUCUGUCGGACCCAGCUCCAGCAGAGGCGGCUCUGCAGAUGUCCAACACUGACCUGGCACCGCGGCCCUCCUUGACCGGGAUACUGCGUCGCAGGCUGCUGAAGGAGGCCGUCUCCAGGCGCUCGGAGAGGCUCCCCCGGGCCGGCAACACCCUCACUCCACCUGCAUCCGCUCACUGCCGACAAUCACCGUCCCCUGCACAGGUGGAGCGCCCAACAUCUGAAGGCUUCAGCGCGUGCACAUCAGCUCCUUGUCCCCUUUUUCCCCCGACCACGCUCAUCAUCGGAGACUCCAUAACCAGGUACAUCAGAUUUUUUAAUGCCAUCACUCACUGCAGCGAGAAUUCUGACCCACUCCAAUAGGAGGUCACACAUAUCCCCGAUUCUUAAACCCUUCAUUGGCUGCCUGUUUCUUUUAGGAUAAAUUUUAAAAUUCUGGUUUUAACUUUCAGAGCCUUGCAUGGUCAGGCUCCAUCUUACAUCAAUGACCUGAUCCAGCCUUACACCCCAGCCCGGGUUCUGAGGUCUGUGGGUCAGAAUCUUCUGAUGGUGCCUCAUACUCAUUUCCGGACCAGAGGAGACCGAUCCUUCCAGGCUGUUGCUCCCAAGCUAUGGAACAAUCUUCCGCCUGCUCUGCGCUCGAUGGAGUCUGUUGACUCCUUCAAAAGGGAACUAAAGACUUUUCUAUUUGUUCAGGCUUUUCCCUAACUGUCUUGGGGCUGCUAUGGUUGCUAUAGUGUUGUUUUUGGCCUUUUAAAUUUUAGCUUUGUAUGUAUUUAUUAACUGUGUAUUGUUUUUGCUUUUUGCUUUUACUGUAAAGCGCUUUGUGACCUUGGUCUGUGAAAGGCGCUGUAUAAAUAAAGUUUACUUACUUACUUACUUACACAGUUUUCCCGGCGCCACGGUACCUGUCAUCCUGGACAAACUUCUUAAUCUACUCCCCUCUCUCCCCUCUCUGUCACUAAGAUUGUGCUCCAUGUUGGCUCAAACAACACGUCCCUUAAGCAGUCCGAAAUCACAAAGAGGGAUUUUAACUUGCUUUUUAACGUUUUAAAGGACACUGGAAAGACAGUUUUUAUCUCUGGCCAAUCCCCACUCUCGGUCGUGGAGCAGAACAUUUUAGCAGGAUCCUCAGCCUCCAUACCUGGCUCCAAUCCACAUGCCCCACCCACAACUUCGGUUUUAUUGACAAUUUUAAUCUGUUAAGGGACCGAGCAUCACUUUUCAGUCAUGAUGGGAUCCACCCCAACAGGCGGGGUAGCCGAAUGCUCUCUUACAACAUCGUGUAUAUGAUCCACUCCUCACCCGUCUGACAGUCUGCACUCAGCAGCCCAUCUUUCCACACCCACUCCCCCCCCCCCCCCCCACUAGUACUAUCAGUAAAUCUGUGAUUCCAGUCUACAUCACAUCCUCACGUCCUCCCCGUCCUCCUGCCAGACUUUGUCCCCCCACCAAUCUCAUCCACGUCCCCCUGCUUCCUCGGCUACCCCGCCCUGCUUUUAACAGCAAACCUGCAAACUUUGGACUUUUAAACAUCAGAUCCCUCAACAACAAAACAUUUUUAUGCCAUGAUUUUAUUUCACAAAACAGUCUGGACUUUUUUAUUCUGAGUGAAACCUGGCUGACUCCGGACAAUUGUAUUUCUCUUAUAGAAGCCACCCCCCCCUGAUUUGAUUUUACUCACCUCCAUCAGCCCCGGCAGUCAGGCCGGGGGGGGGGGGCUGUCAUAUACAAGAAGGAUUUUAAAUGCAUCCCCCAUCACCUUCAGCACUUUUAGUUCAUUUGAGCACCUUGCUUUUAUUGUUAAAUUGAAAGAACUUGUUUUAAUCGUAAUCAUUUAUCGACCACCCAAACACAACGCUGUUUUUAUUCAGGAGUUUUCAGAGUUUCUAUCCCUUUUUAUUUGUAAAUAUGACAAAAUUCUUAUUUUGGGUGAUUUUAAUGUACAUGUCUGCUGUCCCUCACAACCCUUAACUGUUGAUUUUAUUGAAACUCUGGACUCCUUUAAUCUUACCCAGGCAAUACAGGAACCAACUCAUGUAAAGGGACACUGCUUAGAUUUGGUUUUAUUUACUGGACUUAGUCCUGGGGAGUUUUUAACUAAGGAUAUCUGUGUGUCAGAUCACAAACUGGUUUUAAUUCUCCAUGGUUUUAUCCCAGCCUUCUUUUACCGAUCACACUCCUGUUUUUAGAAGGGUUUUUAAUGCAUCGUCUGCUAGCAAGUUUUCAGAGCUUUUUAUUGCUGCAUCUUUAACUGCCCUCAACCCAGAUUUUAAUCCAGUUUUUAACACUGAAGAGCUUGUCUCUCUUUUUAACAGUACGUGUGGAACCAUCCUGGACUCUGUAGGUCCUCUGAAAAAGAAAAGAUCUAACAAAGAACCUCAACCCUGGCUCACAGAGUCCACCCAUGAACUAAAGAGAAUCUGUAGAAGAAACGAACGCAAAUUGAAGAAAACUGGGUUGGUGGUUUUCCUCGAAAUUUGGAGAGACUCCUUGAAAAACUACCAGAAGGCAGUUAAGGAUGCAAGGGCAGCAUUUUACUCAAAUUUGAUUUUAGCUAAUUAUUCAAACCCCAGAGUUUUAUUUAAGGUUUUAGAGUCUCUUUCCAACCCUUCCCCCUCUUAUUUUACUGAUGCUUCUCAAGAAACCUGCAAGAAGUUUUUAAUUCAUUUUAUUAACAAGGUUAUGGACAUCAGACAUCAAAUCACCCCUCCCAGUCUCCCUGUACUCUUAAGUCGGGAAGUUAGGCACUAUUUUAGUAGUUUUUGAGCCGCUGUCCUUAAAAUUUUUAUCUGAUAUUUUAGACAAAAUGAAACCAGCUACGUGCAGUCUUGAUUCUAUCCCCACCAGAUUUCUCAAAGAGGUUUUUAACGUGGUUGGGCCCAGCAUUUUAUCCAUCAUUAAUAGCUCUCUAGUGGAGGGAGUAUUUCCCUCUGCUUUUAAACAUGCUGUGGUCCAACCCCUUUUAAAGAAGCCAAACCUUGAUCCCUCUGAUUUUAACAAUUUUAGACCAAUUUCAAGACUUCCAUUUUUAUCCAAACUUUUAGAGAAGGUGGUUUCUAAACAGCUUUUAGGUUUUAUGUCUGAAAAUAACCUCUUUGAUAAAUUUCAGUCUGGUUUUAGAGCAGGUCACAGCACUGAGACUGCCCUCCUCCAUGUGACCAAUGACCUUCUUUUAGCAGCAGAUAGAGGGGAGGGCUCAAUUUUAAUUCUUUUAGAUCUCAGUGCAGCUUUUGAUACAGUUGAUCAUACUAUUUUAAUUGAGCGUCUUAAAAACUGGGUGGGUAUCAGGGGCACUGCACUUAGCUGGUUUCAGUCAUAUCUUUUAGAACGAACCUUUGCGAUCACCAUAGGCAAUCACACCUCCUCUACUUCUGCUAUCGCCUGUGGUGUACUGCAAGGUUCAGUUUUAGGUCCAAUUUUAUUUUCUAUCUACAUGCUGCCCCUUGGCCAAUUAAUUCAGCGCCACAAAGUCUCCUUUCACUGCUAUGCAGACAACACACAGAUAUACCUUCCUUUGAGACCUGAGGACCCAAGAGGCCUAGCUGCUGUCAUGGACUGUCUAAGUGACAUUAACUGUUGGAUGGCACAAAAUUUCCUUCAGCUAAAUUAUUCAAAAUCUGAAAUAAUUCUCUGUAACAUACAAAACUCCCCCCUCAUUCAGUCUUGUCUCGGUCCGUAUUCAGUAAUCAUCAAACCAACAGCCAGAAAUCUGGGAGUAACCUUCGAUUCAGACCUCACCUUCUCCACCCAAAUCAACAAGAUUGUCCAGUCCUGUUUCCUUCACCUGCGCUCCAUUUCAAAGAUUAAACAAAUACUCACCCCACCAGAUCUCGAAAAGAUAAUCCACGCCUUCAUUUUCUCAAGACUGGACUAUUGUAACUCUCUCCUCCCUGGUUUAAACAAGAAAUCACUCUCUCGCCUCCAACUAGUUCAGAAUGCAGCAGCUAGGCUUUUAACUGGUUUUAGUCGACGGCAUCACAUCACUCCAAUUUUAGCCUCCCUUCACUGGCUUCCUGUCAGUUUCAGAAUUGAUUUUAUUGAUUACUUUUAAAGCUCUCAAAGGACUUGCUCCGAGCUACAUUUCAGAGCUUUUAAUACCUUAUGAGCCAACUCGCAGCCUCAGAUCCUCUGGCGAAGGCCUCCUAGUUGUCCCAAAGUCGAGGCUCAAAACUAAAGGUGAUAGAGCUUUCUCCAUCAGAGCUCCUCGACUUUGGAACAACCUGCCAGAGGAGAUAAGGCGUGCAGAGACAGUCGCUUCUUUUAAGCCAAUUUUAAAAACUCACUUUUACAGACUUGCUUUUAUGUGAUGCCAUCUUUUACUGUCUCUUAUCUUUUUUUUUUUUUUUUUAAAAUACUUACUAGCCUGUUCCCUGCCCUCCCUUUCUAUUUCAUUUUAUGUUUUUAUUUUGGUCCUCAUGGUCCCAUUUAUUUUGUAGGGUUCUUGUAUUGCCUGGGUUUCUUACGGGUUUCUUACAAAAAAUGAAACAGGCCUACAAUUCAGAAGCCUGUUUUUAACUGAGCUUUUGUUUUUAUUUGUUUUUAUUUUCAUGUACUGAUGUUCUGUGCUUGCAACUGUUGUCAAAGCACUUUGUAAACUUCUGUUUUUAAAGGUGCUAUAUAAAUAAAGUUAUUAUUAUUAUUAUUAUUCAACCCACCCUUUUGUUUUAAGUGACUCUGGUCACCAGUUUUAUGUAUUAUCUGUUCCAGCUGUAAUUAUUUCUGGACUGUUGGCUUGAGUGAAAUAAAUAAAAAUAAAUAAAUAAAUAAAAUAAAUACAGAAAAAAAAAAAAAAAGUGAGGACUGUUCGGAUGAGUUUCUUUAGCCAGGCAUAUUAGCCUUUAGAGUGUUGGAGCUGUGUCACUCAAAUACCUCAGAUACCUUGGUGUUAGAUUGCUAGAGCCGCGAGCCUCCGACAACCAACCCUGACUGAAGAACCCUGUACACAUUAUUUACAUCAUGUAGAUCCCCAAAAUAUGUCAUGCCAUGCCAUGGUAUUUCCUUCUUGGGACCCCCCACCUGUUAACCUAAGUUUUUUAAAAUAUGUUGUCCCUGUUUUUACCGUACAUGGAUUUCUCUUAGGGUCAACUAAAUAUCAACAGUAUGUUUAGAGUUGUGGACCGCUAUAUAUACUUGAGCGGUCUUAGACCACUCUUUGUUACACUUGUGGCAUGAUGAAGCUGUAACCCAGAUCUGCAACCAGUAAAGCUAGUCAGACUGACUAUUCGUGUGGAACUUCCAUUCUUUCAACGGUGAACCUGGGCUAGGCAUCCUUACAAGGUUGUUGAAGACUAUUUUCUCGCUGCCUUUAUUAGCGGCAGCAGGCGCCAUUUUUAUCAAUCGGUGAUAAGUUUUGUUGUACGCUUCAACAAGGUCCUGGACUAUGUCAAUAUAUCACCAUGAGUUGAUGGAUGUCAGGUAUCUCCUCAUAUGUGUCUUGAAAGUUCUGUUAAAAUGUUCAACUACGCUGGCCUUGGUCCCGUUUGAUGUGGAAAAAUGGAUGAUGUUAUACUGAUGCAGCAGAAUUUUAAAAAUCCUUAUUAUAAAACUCAGUACCAGCAUCCGUUUGGACUUUUGUCGGAAUGCGUCUGUCUCAUAGAAUAUCUUUAAAUGCACAUGUGACAGCGGGUCCUGAUUUGUUUCUUAGAAGCCCCGCCCAUGCAUAUUUAGAGAAUACAUCGAUACACAUCAGCAUGUACCGAACGUUGUCAUUUUCUGAUGAGAAUUCACCCAUAUCAACUAAAUCAAGCUGGAACUGUUUGUCGAUUACCCACUUAAUCACCCACUUAAUCACGCCUUAAUGGACCACAGGGCCAGCUCCUGGACAGCCCCUCUCUCUGUUGUGGAAAAUCCAGCAUAAACAAUGCACAGGAAUCUAAACAUCUUCGCUGAAUAAUUAACAAAUCAAAUCAAACAAUAAUUUCUGUCACAUAAUUGCUUAACUUUAGGUUAAAAAAAAACAUUAAAAAAAAAACAGUUCUUCUCUUAUUUGUAAAAAUCUGGCAAAAAUCUCUUCUCCAUUUACCACCUCCAGUUGUUAUUUUAUUUUCACACACAACUUUUCAACAUUUAUUUUACUUCCUAUGUAAUAAAGUCAUCUGGAACCUUUCCUUCAAUAUAUCAGAUCUACUGUACUUAAUGUGUAGGGCUCUCUUUCUUCUGAUUAUCUAUUAAAAAAAUCUUUUUAGGGCCCGAGCGUAGCUGCUAAGCAGCUGCGAGAGCCCUAUUGUUCCUGAUGGAUUCUUCUUUCUUCUUCUUCUUUAGGGCCCGAGCCAGCUGCAGAGCAGCCGGGCGUAGAGCCCUAUUAUUCCUGAAGUGGUUUUUAGGGCCCGAGCCAGCUGCAGAGCAGCCGGGCGUAGGCCCUGUUAUUCCUGUAGUGGUUUUUCUUUGUUUCUUAGGGCCCGAGCCAGCUGCAGAGCAGCCGGGCGUAG